AGGCUUUCAGAGGCCAUAAAAAUAAAUAAAUAGUAUAUCUCUAAUUUGAGGAAAUAAAAUAUAGGAGUUGUGCCCACGUGGGCCAUUACCGACCAACCGGAAAAGCAAUUUUCAAUCAAUUUUCAAGAAUUCCCUCCAUUAAUUGUUUCAUCUCAAAUACAUGAACUUACAUAUUUAUCUCAAAAUAAAGUUCCCCUUCGAUGGAAUGAAUAAUCAAUCAACUACCAAUGAAUCUAUGAGUGUUAAACGAACUAUUAUUAUAUGCUGAUAAAUUCAUGCUCUGGGCAAUUUACCCAACGUCUGCAUUCUGAAUUAAUGAAAUUCUUUAUUCAAUGUGAAUUAAUGAAACUCUUUCUCGAAUUUUAAAAGAAAUGAAUUUAUUUAACGAAUAUACAUAAUUGAAAAUGAUCUAGAGAUUAUCCUACCAUUCUAACGUUAUAAAUAGAUGACCAUUUUAAUGAAAAAAAAUUUUCCGUAUGAUAAAUAAUUGAAAACUUAUUUUUUCUAGGGCAGGAUCUUCCAAAUGAAUAGAGAAUAGCUUCUGCUCUCCAGCGGCCAUGAUAAUCCCGGCGAUUACACGACUUUGAAUAGUCGCAAGGAGCUAACAGACCAAAAGAGAGAACAGACCGACGUUGAGAGGAGCGAGGUGUAUUAUGCCACAGUCCUGAAGAAGCUUCCCGGGAUGGAGUAACGACGCGCGAGAGAGCACCAAGGUGCUGGGGGUGUAAGCGUUAGAACUUAAAACUUUACCAAUUUAACUGCGAACCGAGUAGAAUGUUACUCUGUGCAAGAGCAAACAACUUGCUUGGGCAUACGCGAAAUGGAACGGGUGGGGGUGUGAGAAAGGCAGCAAGAUGGGUAAGUGGUCGUAAGUUUACUCCUAGACGUCAGUCAGGGACGAUUAAAAAGAAACAGGUACUUGCGUCAUCCAUGAGGGAAUUUAUCUGGAUAAAACUUGAAUUCACUUUAAUUAAGGGAGGGCAGGGGGGGGACGAUUAAUGAAGUGAAAAGUGUCUUUUUAUUUCGUGGCAGUCACUAAAAUCAUGGAAUUUGAGAGAGUAAAAGGCUUCUCUUGGAGAUCAAAAUCAGCAAAAUUUACAAAAUUGUAAAACACAAAAAUGUCCCGUGCUUUUCUUUCCACUGAAGAUUAACUGUAUGACAUCACCAUGCAGGCGAAAAAAAAAAUAAUGCAUUGAAGAGACCUUGACGAAGGCCAGCGUUAUCACUCCUCAAUAAACAAUUGUUCCGUUCAUGAGUAUUUGAGAUAAAACCUUGAAUGUCAAAGUGAUAAGCUGUAAACCCAAUUCAACAGUGACCGAGUCCCCGUCCUGGUGCCCUCGAAAGAGACUAUAAUAAAGGACAAAGUGAAAAAAAAAAAUUCAAUGCUCCGAGUAUAAUCGCUCUCAUCGAAAAGCCGAUGGAUCUAGAAGGGAAUUUCUCGGAAUAGUGGCACUCUUCCACUCCAGUGGCCACCAAUAAAAGUGGAACUGGCAGACUCCAGACCCGCAUGAAGUGGAGAAGGGACUGCGGAAAUGGACUGGAGUUUAAUCCAAAGGCAAAUGUUGAAUUUGCGAAAUGACUAAAUAUUAAAGGGAAGCGCAUUUUUUUGGGGCAUAAAAUGAUUUUUACCCCGAUUUUAUAAUUUCACUCCCAACGUUUCAAUUAUAAAUAAAAAAAAUUCCUUGGAAUUCCGAGAAAAAAAUUCUCAAUCUGGAUUUUUUUGUUCUACUAAUGUGAGACGAUCUGCUCAUAAUUAAUUUUCAACGUUUUUUGUCACGCUCAAUCGAUAACUGCGGCGAAAACUUUGAACUGUGUCGAGGGCCACCGCAAAACCUCGCGAUCAUGAAAGGUCAAAUUCUGGGUACAUCGGCCGAGGCAAAACUACGGGCCAUUGUCACACGGUACAAUUACCUCGCUCAACUUUGUCGUCAGUGCUAUCAGUGUACGUUACUUACAUGGCACGCCGCAGAUGCUCGUUCGAACUCCGUGUCAACUUUUACAAUGAAAUACCCUCACCCGCCCUCCCCCCUCAUUUAACGAUACCACUGUAAGGGGAGUGACGAGGAGCGUGUGUUUACGACGUAUAAAGAACCCGUCGACGGCAGGAUGCUGUGACACUUUUUUUUCCACAACCGAGCCAACACCACCACCACCAGUCGAGUGAAAAAUGGAACGCGUCUCGUUGCUCAUCAUUGGAUUUCUUGUACCAGCCACCCUUGCCAUUGGCUUUACCAACUUUGCUGAUGUGCCUUGUGGAAGAGCAACUAGAUUUACAAGAAGACCGAAAGUCGUGGGGGGAGAGGAUACUCUCCCAGCGGAAUUUCCUUGGCUGGUGAGCAUCACUCGAUUGGGGGGACACUUCUGUGGGGGUACUAUCAUCAACUCAAGAUUUAUUCUCACAGCCGCUCACUGUAUUUGCACUACAACUGGAACAAUACCCUCUCGACAACUGAAGGUAACCCUCGGUGAAUAUAAUUUACGUGGACCAGAGACACCACCCUCAGUACCUACUGGUGUACGUAAUAUCGUUAUACAUCCCGACCACAAGUGUGGCAAGUACGUGGACGACAUUGCAAUACUGGAGUUGGAAUCACCGAUAAGUUGGACGGAUACUGUACAACCUGCUUGUCUUCCCACGGCACAGGGUGAAAAGGGUUACCAGGGAUUUGGUGGGGUGAAUGGAGUUGCAGCUGGUUGGGGGUGGCUGGGUGAAGAUAAAUCAAAAUAUAAACGAGCUGAUGUUCUGCAAAAAGUUAGUGUAAAUAUUGUUGAGAAUGAGGUAUGCAGGGAGUGGUACAAGAGCCAAGGACAGAAAACCAGAGUUGUACCUCAACAGAUGUGUGCUGGGCACGAAGAUGGUGGGAGGGAUUCAUGCUGGGCUGAUAGUGGUGGUCCGCUGAUGGUCGGAAGCCAUUACGACGGUAGUACACUAGUCGUUGGAGUUGUCUCCUCUGGCAUAGGAUGCGCCAGACCACGACUUCCUGGUAUCUACACUAGAGUGUCUGAAUACAUCCCAUGGAUCGCCGCACAAAUUAUUUGAUCUUUAAUAACCCACAGGAAGUAACUAUGCAAUACCCACAGUACAAGCAGAAAUGAUGAUUUUAAUGCAUCAUUGUGGACAAAACUAGUCAAUUAUUCGUAAAAUGUUGUUUAUUGUAUAAAAGACGCCCUUUUGCGCAUAAAAAUAUUUCCAUCACGUCAUUCAUUGUUAUUAUUUAUCUCUCAACCAUCUUUUAAGAGAGACUUCUCCUUCGGUGGACUAUAACGUAACACGGUAAUUUAAAUUCUCCCUAAUUUAUUCCCCUGUAGACUAUUUUUAUUCUGAGGGGUCCACUUUACUCCAUUUUUGGCGUAUCAUUUUUAACCCACCAGUCCAUAGUGUCCCACCCUCUUCUACAGCUAAUAGUUAUACCUAUGA